AUGGCGACCAAAGGCAUAGAAGACUUCGAGUGCCUCACGAUCGGAGAGCUAGAGAAACAUGCCUACAACUUGAUGGACAAGCAAACGCGCGACUAUUACAAUGAAGGGUCCGAUUCGGGUUCAACUCUCCGCGAGAACCAAACCGCAUACGAGAAAUAUCGCAUCAGACCGCGCGUACUCCGCGAUGUUUCCGCUGUCGACACAUCAGUCAACAUCUUUGGUCACAAGAACAGCAUACCUCYUGGUGUAGCYCCAACAGCCAUGCAAUGUCUUGCUCACUCAGAUGGCGAGCUGGGAACCGCUCGAGCUUGUAAGAAGGCAGGUGUUGCCAUGGGUCUCUCGAGCUUUGCGACCAAAAGCCUAGAGGAGGUUGCCGAAGCGAGUGAGGGCAACCCUAACGUGCUGCAACUAUAUUUGUUCGAAUCUAGAGAGCAUAGUCGAAAGCUCAUCCAGCGUGCAAAGCAAGCAAAGUUCAAGGCCGUCUUCCUCACUGUCGACACUCCAUUUCUGGGACGACGGAAUUUGGAGAUACGCAACCAGUUCAAAUUACCACCACAUCUGAARAUCGCAAACUUUACAGACGAUCAAGAGGAGCAGGCGCAAGAAUCACAAGAUAGACCUAAGCUUGAACGGACGGCUUCUGAGCCUGGUUACUUCGAUGGAGAGAAACGAGUGCUGCCCAAGGGCAAGGUCACGUUCCAUACACAUGCACCCAACCCCACGCUCUCGUGGGAAAGCGACAUCGACUGGCUCAAAAAGGAGUGCCACCCAGAGAUGCAGGUCUGGGUGAAGGGUAUCGCUACAUCCGAGGAUGCCAUACUUUCCCUGCAUCAUGGAGUUGACGGUAUUGUCGUCAGUAAUCAUGGCGGUCGACAGCUUAACGGGGCUCUCGCAACAUUGGACGCGCUCCCUGAGAUUGUGGAUGYAGUUGGUGGAAAGAUUCCCAUUCACGUCGAUGGAGGCAUCAGGCAUGGAACAGACGUGUUUAAAGCGCUUGCACUCGGUGCAGACUUUGUAUGGAUCGGAAGGCCUGUCCUCUGGGGCUUGGCCUACAAGGGACAGGCAGGAGUUGAGUUGUGCCUCAAGCUGCUCGCCGAUGAGAUUAAGCUGUGCAUGGCCCUCGCAGGAGUUGUUAAUGUCCGUGAAAUUUCCAAGGAGUAUCUUGUGAAGAUUGACAAGAGCGGAUUUGUGGCGAGGUUGUGA